CGGUGAUCUAAGGAUAGGAGAAGGAAGGGAACCGAAGAAGCAAGCAGGAUGGACUCCUCCACAAAAAUCAAUAAUGCUGCAGACAUCUUGGUCAUAGUCCUCUAUUUCUUGGUAACCCUGGCAGUGGGAAUAUGGGCCAUGUUCUUGUCUAACCGAGGGACAGUGGGAGGAUUCUUCCUGGCUGGACAUAAAAUGGUGUGGUGGCCGAUUGGUGCUUCUCUGUUUGCCAGUAACAUUGGUAGUGGGCACUUUGUGGGCUUGGCAGGCACAGGAGCGGCUGCAGGAAUCGCCAUUGCAGGAUUUGAAUGGAACGCCCUGAUAAUUGUAUUUGUUCUUGGCUGGUUGUUUGUACCCAUCUACAUCAGGGCUGGGGUGGUGACGAUGCCAGAGUAUCUCAAGAAGCGGUUUGGUGGCCGACGGAUUCAGAUAUAUCUGUCAAUCCUUUCUCUACUCCUCUAUAUUUUCACCAAGAUCUCGGCAGACAUGUUCUCUGGAGCUAUAUUUAUCCAAAUGGCCAUGGGGCUAAACCUUUAUUUGGCCAUAAUCAUACUGCUGGGUGUUACUGGUCUUUACACGAUCACAGGUGGCCUUGCUGCCGUGAUUUACACAGACACCUUACAGACCAUCAUCAUGCUGGUGGGAUCCUUUAUUCUCACAGGAUUUGCAUUUGCCAAAGUAGGAGGAUAUGAGGCCUUUAAGGAGAAAUAUAUGAAAGCAAUUCCAGGAAACACCUCAUAUGGAAAUAUUAACAUUGAUCCAAAAUGCUACACCCCUCGGGAAGAUUCUUUCCACAUCUUCCGAGACCCAAUCACUGGAGACCUGCCAUGGCCGGGGCUUACCUUUGGCUUGAGCAUCCUCGCUUUGUGGUACUGGUGCACAGAUCAGGUUAUUGUUCAACGAUGCCUCUCAGCCAAGAACAUGUCCCAUGUGAAGGCCGGCUGUGUCAUGUGUGGGUACCUGAAGCUGCUGCCCAUGUUUGUGAUGGUGAUGCCUGGGAUGAUCAGUCGAAUUCUGUACACAGAUAUGGUGGCUUGUGUCGUGCCUUCAAUAUGUGAGAGCUACUGUGGCACCAAAGUUGGCUGUUCAAACAUUGCUUAUCCAAAAAUGGUGGUGGACCUUAUGCCGAAUGGUUUGCGAGGUCUGAUGUUGUCAGUCAUGCUGGCCUCUCUCAUGAGCUCCCUGACUUCCAUUUUUAAUAGUGCUAGCACUCUGUUCACCAUGGACAUCUACACCAAAAUACGAUCCCGGGCAUCUGAGAGAGAGCUCAUGCUGGCUGGAAGGUUAUUUAUCUUAGCUUUAAUUGGUAUCAGCAUUGCUUGGAUUCCUGUGGUGCAGUCAGCUCAAAGUGGGCAGCUUUUUGAUUAUAUACAGUCGAUCACCAGCUAUCUGGGGCCACCCAUUGCUGCUGUCUUCCUGCUUGCUAUCUUCUGUAAGAGGGUCAAUGAGGAGGGUGCCUUCUGGGGCUUGUUCAUUGGGCUGGUCGUUGGGCUGAGUCGAAUGAUUGCAGAGUUUGCCUAUGGUUCUGGAAGCUGUGUAAACCCCAGCAACUGUCCAAAGAUCAUUUGUGGAGUUCAUUACCUUUACUUUGCUAUAAUCCUUUUUGGGAUCUCCACCAUUGUCAUUCUGGGUAUCUCAUUGAUAACUAAACCCAUUCCUGAUGUACAUCUCUAUGGCUUGUGCUGGACUCUGCGGAACAGCAAGGAGAAGCGUAUUGACCUGGAUGCAGAUGAGAGGAUUGAGGUACUUGAGCGUAAAGAGGAUGAAUCAGAAGAAGGCGAUGAAGGACAAGGGUUCCUGAAGAAGGCCUACAACUGGUUCUGUGGCUUCGAUCAGAAAAAAGAGGCCAAACUGAGCAAAGAGGAGCAGGAAGCGAUGGAGAAGAAACUGACUGACACUUCCGAGGUGCCAUUCUGGAGAAAUAUUGUGAACAUCAAUGGGGUCAUUCUAUUGGCUGUGGCUAUAUUCUGUCAUGCCUUCUUUGCAUAAAUCCAACCUUACGCUCCAGAGUUUUUAUGAAGGUCUAACUCAAGUUAAUUUUCCUUUUGAAUUUGCACUGUAUUCUUCAAAAGAUAAACAACACUACACUAGAUACACGUAUUAGACUAGUAAGCUGAGAUUGAAUUCAUUAAAUUGAUUUAUUCAUUGUUAUUUUUAGAAGUUGGUGAAACUAGUUUGAUUUCUAUGCCCCUUUUUCCUUGCUUUAGAUCCCUAAAGUGAUCCCGGUUUUUUUUAGUUCAGCUGUAUGGAGGGCUGUGCUAUAGAUUCAGGAUAAAUGAAUC